AUGUUUAAAGCAGUUUUAAUAAUCCCUGACUCAUACAAAAGAUCAAAUGUGAAAGAAUUAGUUGAUAUGAUGAUGAAUAAGAUGGGCUUCUCACAAAUGUUUGUCGUUCAGGAAUCUGUCUGCUGUUCAUUUGGUGAUGGCAGUCAGACGUGCUGCGUCGUAGAUGUUGGUCACUGCAAGACAUCCGUCUGCUGUAUUGAGGAUGGACUCAUCAAGAAGAAUACUCUCUUCACUGCUCGCCUGGGAGGCUCUGAUGUCACAAAAUGUUACCUUUGGUUACUCAAUAAGUAUGGAUUGACAAAUAAGAACGUGAAUUUGGUAGAAAACUCACGAAGGUGCAGUCUGUUUAUACAGCAUCUGAAGGAACGAUACUGUCAUCUCAUGGAUGUUAAUAUUUUUGACUGUUUUGUUCUAAAUGAGAAUCUUAUUAAUUAUAAACGGCAAUUGAAUUUAUCAGCCAUGUUCAAGUUUCACAUGAGCGAUGAGCGAAUGUUAACACCGCUGUGUUUAUUUUUCCCGGACAUGUUGGGCUUGAAAGCAACUCCUGGAAUUCACAAAUCUAUGAUUUUUGGUGUCGAAAAAUCGGUAAGUGAUGCUAGUGACUAUUUAGAUGACGAAUACAUCCAGCAGACCACCACUAAACACGAACAAGCUGCUCGACUUAGGAAGAAAGAAGUAUAUGAAAAUCACACAAACACCUUAUUACAAGAUGCAAUUUGUCCUGAUGAAACGAUGGCAUCCAAUGAUUAUGAGGCUCUGGAUCAACCAGAUUCAGCGCUGAAGGGAAAUAAAAACGAUGAUGAUAUUGAUUGGUUAAAUGUUUAUGAAAGCACUUUAGUUGGUCUCCAUCAGCUUGCUAUUAAAAGUAUUGAUAGUUGUGAAAGUGAAGACACGAAGCAAAAAAUGUUUUCAAACAUUUUGCUGACCGGAGGGGGAUCAAAAUUUAUGGGUAUCCAUUUAUAUUUUGAAUAUUUGCUGAGUUGUCAUAUGCAGUCAAUUAAAAACCGUAACGUUUAUGACAUCAAUAUUAAAAUCAAAGAUGAUGAUCAAGGUAUCAGAGGUGCCUGCAUAAUGUCUUGCCUUGAUACUGUACAGGAGCUGUGGUUUGACAAGUAUCAGUGGUGCAAGUAUUCUGUACGGAUACUCAGAGAGAAAUGUCCUUUUGUUUGGUGA